GGUAACGAACCAGACGUUAAUCAGGUACCGACAAGGGACCAAACGCAGCCUAAAUCUCUCUCCGACUCUCUUUCCCUAAAGAAAUCUCGCACCCUCACAGAUCCCGCUCCAAUCACUCUCCCUCGUCCAAUCUCUCUCUCUCGCUCGCCCGCUCGCUCGCUCUCCUUCCGGUCUCUCCCCACCACCUCCCCUCUCUUGCCUCCGCCAUUUGCCACAUCCCCACCUUUCUCUCUCUUAUUCCAGUUCUGAUAUAAUUUGAGGGAUGGAAAGAAGCCUACAAAUUAGGGAUCGAUCUCAGGGAGAAGAUGAGCGGAGACAAAGAUGAAGAGGAGCUGCUGAUUAGGAAACCAAGAGGAGGAUCUGCGCAUCCAAAUAGUUGCAGGUAUUUAGAAAUUGUUCAACAGGAUUGUCAUCCAUGACUGCCAUUAACGAGGGGAUCCAAUUUUGUAUUUUUGACUUAAGAAGGGGACAACAUGAAGGGCAAGAAAUUGACAAGAUACUAUUCUUUUCCCCUUCUGACUGUCCUUUUCCAACGCAGCUAUCUGUAAUAGGACUCUGUGAAGGAAUCAUUACUUUUACUAGAAUUUUUUCUCCUGGGGCUCCAUGUGAGGUCAUAGAAGCAGAGAGACAUUCUCACGUGUUUUAUGAGGCUGAGUCAGAUAUAUGGAUGGUUGUGGUAGUGGAUAAAAAUAAAGAUGCUGAAUCUAUUUGGCGAGGUGAUGCCUUACGAGAUGUACUUAAAGAAGUACAUUCUCUAUUCACGAUGUUUCAUGGAUCUCUGCGAGCUUUACUUGAGAAACAACCAAGUGGUGAACUUGCUCGUAGUCAUUUAUAUUCCUUUAUAACAGAUUAUCUAACUGAAGACUUUCAUGUUGGGAAAAAAAUUCAAAUGCCGUCCUUCCGUGACUGUCUGAGCGAGCGCAAAACUGUUCAAAUGCUGACAAUAUCACGGGAAGUCGCAAUUGAAGUUCAGUCACUUGUCACAGUAAUAGGAUCUUCUUGCACUGGAAACACAAUUUGCAACUCAAUGAUACUAUUUCAAGAUCUGCUGGUGUCAACAACACUCUCUCCUGAUGACACAACAAAUCUGUUUACUUAUGCUGUUAUGAGGUUAACUCCACAUGCUUUAACUUCCAAUACAAAUUCUUGGUCAUAUUUGCGGAAGGGAACUUCUGCACCUAGUGUUCCUGCAAACGCUGCUGUAUCAAAUGCGGGAUCAGCAUCAGAAGGGUAUCAACACAGAUCUCGUGAUACUUCCCCUGGAGGACAAAGUCAGAGAUAUCAUAUACCAAGGCCUUUGCAACGUGACAAAUGGUCUAAAAGAAAGGAUGGUUUUGUUGUCACUGAUGUUUGGGGUGCAGAAGUUGGUACUUCCAUUCCUUUGAGCCCAACAUUGUGGCUCCAACAGACAGAGGAGCAUGCAUAUCUUUGUGUUUACCAGCAUAGGAAUCUGACCAUUAUACUUCUGAUUCCUGUUUGCUCAUUGAUAAAUGGAGAGAAGGGCAUAAGUCUGGUGAAAAAGCAGCUUCUUGAAAAUGCAUCACAGAAGAUUAUAAAUGUUGAAGAGAAACUAUCCAGAGGAUGGGGUGGUGAAAAUGCUUAUCAUGUUAGUGGUUAUCGCUACUUACUUGUAGACCGCGAUAUGGGUAUAUCAAGGACUUCCCCCCCAGGAAAAGUCACGACUCUAACAAAGGACUCAUUGCUUGCCCUUAAUAAGCUAAGAGAAGAGGUUGAUUUGGAGAAGUCGAGAGCAAAGAGGGAUAAGCCGGACUAUAGAAAAGAUUUUGAAGUGUGUAUUAGAGCAAGAAAUAAUGCUUGGAUAAUUGCCAAGGUUACAAGAGGAAGGGAACUUUAUAUGGUUCUGGAGAAGGCCAAUGAAACACUUCUUUAUGCAUCCGAUGCUGUCGAGAAGUUCAGCAACAGGUAUUGUGAUGGAGCAUUUUCUUUGGAUUAGACCAAACUCAAGGUUUUUUAAUCAGAGAAAAAAGACCAAGCUCAUGGUUUCAAGAGACACUAAAGAUCCAAAGCACACCCCUCCCAAGACCAAUUUAUGACUGCAUCAAUGGGACAGUAUCCUGGCCUAGUACCAUGCUUUGCGUUGAUGGGUUACAGUUCUGAUUUCAAUUUACAAAGGUCUUUUCAGUAUUGUGGGAGUGUAUAGAAUGUGGAACACUUCAUUCCUGCACAAAGAAACU